UCGUUGCCAACUUUUUGGCUCAUCCGUCCAUUUUUCUAUUUAUUUUGAAGGAAAACUGAUGCCCUUUCUCCUUACCUCCGCUCUCUCUGCCUGCGACUCGCUCCGUCGCAAUGGGAAAGAUCCGAUCUCUCUUCCGCCUUCGCCGACCCAAAUCUCAGCACUCCUCGCCGCCGUCCCCCUCCACUCCUUCCUCUUCCUCCUCCUCCUCCGCUUCCGGUGACCUCGAGCGCGUCUUCAACAAAUUCGACUCCAACGGCGACGGCAAGAUCUCGUCCGAGGAGCUCGCCGCGGUGCUCUCGAACCUCGGCCACCCGCCCUCUGAGGACGAGCUCCGCCGGAUGAUGGUCGAGGCCGACUCCGACGGGGACGGGUUCAUCUCCCUGGAGGAGUUCGUGGAGAUCAAUUCGCCGCCGGCGUCGAUCGACGAGGACCUGCGCCUCGCCUUCGCCGUAUUCGACCUCGACCGAAACGGCGUCAUCUCCGCCGACGAGCUCUCCCAGGUCCUCAUCGGUAUCGGGGAGGGCGCCUCCGUCGCCCAGUGCCGCCGCAUGAUCCAAGGGGUCGAUCGCGACGGCGACGGCCUCGUUAGCUUCGAGGAGUUCAAGGCCAUGAUGACUUGCGGGGCGGGUUUCUCCCGCGCCUGCGCUGCUCUCGCCGCCGCCAAUGCCGCCGCUGAAUAGACGGAAUUCCCUCAUCAAUCCCUCUUUUCCAUUUUCUCAAGUAUUCGUUCUGAUGCCCUAUCCCCUCGUUAUAUUAUAUUAUAUGUUGAAGCAUUUUAUCAAACAACAUAUGAUAGAAAAAAAAAACCUUGUAGAUAUUUGCUACUCCAUUAAUGAAUAAUCUAAUCAGCUUCGAUCCUUUAUUUUUUCCUUGUACCGAAAGAAGAAUUAAUAAAGAUAGUUGCACAUUAUCACUUUUUCUGAUUUUCCCAGCUACA